AUGACGCGUCGGUGCACGUCGCUCGUCCUCCUCUCUCAAUGCACGACCGCGCUGUCCGCUUGUCCCGUGUCGGUGCUGACGCAACAGAACGCGCGCUGGACGCAUACAAACGCUAAUGUCGCGCUCGAUACCGCCCGAUGCAACCGGACGAAGGCGUCGCUGGCUCCCCAACGAGCCAAUCGGAAUACAGAUCGACGAAAGCGACCAAUCACAGCAGCAGCAGCAGCUACCGAUGCGGCCGCUUGUAAAGCAGAAGGUACGCACAAGGACGAAGCUACACCGCGGCCGGGGAUGAAGUUUGCGUUCAAGGACGGGAAGCCGUGGAUCACCGUCAUGGGACUUGGCGGAGCAGGCAGCAACGCGGUGAACAACAUGAUUGCAUCGCAAUUGGAAGGCGUUGAAUUCAUUGUCGCCAACACGGACUGUCAAGCUUUAGGACGGUCGCUCGCGCCUCACAAGAUUACGCUCGGGAGAGACAUAACAAAAGGACUGGGCGCUGGGUCAAAGCCCGAGUUGGGCAAACGGUCGGCAGAGCAGCAGAAAGGAGAGAUUGAAAAGAUGCUGCAGAACAGCAACAUGUUGUUUAUCACGGGUGGUAUGGGUGGAGGAACGUGCACGGGCGCUGCGCCCGUUGUGGCCAGUAUCGCGAGAGAGCUCGAUAUCUUGACGGUUGGUGUCGUUAGCACACCGUUUCGCUCGGAAGGACCGAACCGCACUCGACUGGCCAAUGCUGGCGUGAAGGAGCUGGCCAAGUUUGUCGACACGCUCAUUGUCGUGCCGAACCAGAAUUUGCUGGCACUCGCGGACAAGAGCACUACCAUGCUUGAUGCGUUUCGGUAUGCGGAUGAUGUGCUGUUGGAAGGCGUCAAGGGCGUCACGGACCUGAUUGUUCGCCCAGGACUGAUCAAUCUGGAUUUUGCCGACAUUAAGACUAUCUUGUCGAACGCAGGUCGUGCUAUCAUGGGCUCAGGUGUCUCCAGCGAGGAAGGGCGCGCUCGAAAAGCAGCUGAACAAGCACUAGUGAACCCGUUGCUUGGCGAUCUACCUACUGAGUCGGCGCACGGCUUGCUGGUGACCAUACAAGGUGGUGAGGACAUGACGCUGUUCGAAGUGGAUGAAAUCAUGGAGAUCAUUCGCAACCGUGUGCACGAUGAAGCCAACAUCAUUUUCGGCACUUGCUACGACCAGUCGCUAGAAGGAUCUGUGUACGUGUCCAUUAUCGUGAGCGGAAUCCAGACGGACGUUAUCUCGCCGCCCAUUGGAAAGGCUCAUGUGUUCUUGCAAGAACCUUCCAAGCGACUAGAAAGUGGAGACUUUGCGGCCACGUCGAAGGCCAAUAACGAGGAGAGGCCUGUCGAGCAAAAGAAGGGCUUGUUCAGCCGCUUUUUUUCGCUAUGA